AUGGGUCCACAUCGCCUUACAAGACACCCCAGAGAGUGUGGAUAUUUUGGGGUAGAUAUAUCUGCCCAGUUUCUAGAUGACAAUGGUACGAUGGAUGCCAAGAUCGGUAAAAGGUACUUUGGCGAGAUUGUGGCGGGUAGCAGCUGGAAAGUUCGACGAUAUCAAUAUGCACCGGUAGAGGCGCAGACUGCGUCCAUAGUUACCUCCCGCAAAAGUGUGUCAGAUCAGGGCAGACGAUCGAUUUACGAUGUCAACUCUGCCAGAGAUUGGUCAAGUUCGGGAUCAAAGAACGAUAAGAACUGCUCCGUAGUGAUGCACCGAAUCCGCCCGGUGACAGGCAUAGUUGAUUGUUGCCUUGUGGAAAGCAGUCUGAUAUUCGUCAAUAAUCCUAGUUCGACUUUAAAUAUUGCGAUACUGACGUUUCGAUCUGCGCGAAAUUCGGCUAAUAAUUCUGGGAUAGCCUCUGUUGGUUUAUUUCGAACCCCUCAUCGAUGUGAGACCCCGUGGUAUCUCUUGUCCACCUAUGAAGGUUACUCUUCGAACGGCACAUCCUACGACAUCGACUCGUGA